UGGCUAGAGGAGCAGUUUCCCCCAAAGCGGCCAAGAACCAGGCACACUGGGCGGCCAGAUCUGCUGGUCAGGGAUAGGUCGAGCCCGGGCUCCUCGCGUAGGUGUCGGGACGGGGCGGGAAGCCCUGUGCCAGGUGUCAAGCCACUGAGUGAAGGGAGAAGGGUCCCCGGGGAAGGAAAGCGAUAGGACAGCUGCAGAAGUGCUGGGAGCGCGAAGGUACCAGAGCAGCAGCUUCCCGCCGCCUCCAGCCGGGCAGCAGCCAGAACAGCCGGGGGAGGAGCAACAGCUGCUGAAUUCGCCAACUAGAGGAGAGAGAGGCGGAGCUUGGGUCCCUGUAGCAGCCGAAGGCGCAGCCUGGACUGUAGUUUCCCGGGAGAGAGGAGAGCAGGAACAGGAGCGGAGCGCAGUCCUCGGAGCCUCAGCUCCAGCAUCCCGCCAGGGGUUGCAGGUGUGUGGGAGAUUUCUUAACAAGGAUCCAUUUUUGAAAUAUGAGAUAUUGUGACCUUUCAAAACAAUGAGACAACUGCAUGAAAUAUUAGGUAAUAAACAGCCUACGAAUGUUCUGAUCCUCAGCCUGGCACACCAUAGAUGCUCAGCUUGAAACUAUUCCAACAUGGCUUUCCUUGGAUUCUUCUCUUUGCUGGUGCUGCAAAGUUUGGCCUUAGGGACCACUUUCACAGAUGAAACUAUUACUGAGUUUUCAGUGAAUAUGUACAACCAUCUUCGAGCCACUGGGGAAGAUGAAAAUAUUCUCUUCUCUCCAUUGAGUGUCACCCUUGCAAUGGGAAUGCUGGAACUUGGGGCCCAAGGGUCUACCCUGAAAGAAAUCCGUCAUUCAAUGGGAUAUGAGAGUCUGAAAAGUGGUGAAGAAUUUUCUUUCCUGAAGGAUCUUUCUCACAUGGUAACUGCUGAAGAAAGCCAGUAUGUGAUGAAAAUUGCCAAUUCCCUCUUUGUGCAAAAUGGAUUUCAUGUCAAUGAUGAGUUUUUGCAAAUGCUGAAAAAGUACUUUAAUGCAGAAGUAAAUCAUGUGGACUUCAGCCAAAAUGUAGCUGUGGCCAACUAUAUCAAUAAAUGGGUGGAGAAUAACACAAAUAGUCUUUUGAAAGAUUUGGUAUCCCCAACGGAUUUUGAUGCUGUCACUCAUCUGGCCCUCAUCAAUGCUGUCUAUUUUAAGGGAAACUGGAAGUCACAAUUCAGACCUGAAAAUACCAGGACGUUUUCCUUCACUAAAGAUGAUGAAAGUGAAGUCCAAAUUCCAAUGAUGUAUCAACAAGGAGAAUUUUAUUAUGGGGAAUUUAGUGAUGGUUCCAAUGAAGCUGGUGGUAUCUACCAAGUCCUGGAAAUACCCUAUGAGGGAGAUGAGAUAAGUAUGAUGCUGGUAUUGUCCAGACAGGAAGUUCCACUGGCCACCCUGGAGCCCUUGGUCAAAGCACAGCUCAUUGAAGAAUGGGCCAACUCUGUGAAGAAGCAAAAAGUGGAAGUGUACCUGCCCAGGUUCACAGUGGAACAAGAAGUUGAUUUAAAAAAUGUUUUGAAGGCCCUUGGAAUAACUGAAGUUUUCAUCAAAAAUGCAAACUUGACGGCCUUGUCUGAUAACAAAGAGAUUUUCCUUUCCAAAGCAAUUCACAAGUCCUUCAUAGAGGUUAAUGAAGAAGGAUCAGAAGCUGCUGCCGCUUCAGGAAUGAUUGCAAUUAGCAGGAUGGCUGUGCUGUAUCCUCAAGUUAUUGUUGAUCAUCCAUUUUUCUUUCUCAUCAGGAACAGGAGAUCAGGUACAAUUCUAUUCAUGGGACGAGUCAUGCAUCCUGAAACCAUGAACACAAGUGGACAUGAUUUUGAGGAACUUUAAAUUAUUUUAGUUGAAUAACAAGGAAGAUAGUAUCUAAGCACAUUAUGUUUGCAACUAGUAUAUAUUUGAGACGUGUUUUACAAUGUAUCUUAAGAUAAUAUUUAAAAUAGCUUAGAUAAAAACAAUGUAUGUAAAUUGUAGGCCAACUUGUCAAGGAAUGUUAUCAGUAUUAUUGAAGUAAUAGUCCCAUCAUGUCAUUGUGUUUGUUGUGCUAGUAUUUAAAAUAAAAGUCCAUAGUGAACAUGUGAA